CUUAUAAGAAAUCUAGCACAGCCUUAAAACCAAUGGCGGCUCAGUCUUCUCCAACUCCAGGAAAGGAAGCAGAUGUGGCAGUGGUGAUGGUGCCUCUUCCAGCACAGGGCCAUCUCAACCAGCUCCUCCACCUCUCCCGCCUCAUCUCCGCCCGCGGCAUCCCCGUUCACUAUGUCGGAUCCUCCACCCACAUCAGCCAGGCCACCACACGGGUUCACGGUUGGGACCCACACCACGCAGCCAACCUUCAUUUCCACCCCUUCCCCCUGCCGCCGCAAUUCGAAUCUCAUCAGCCGCCGGCUCUCGACACCGCCGCCUCCACCAAAUUUCCCUCUCAUCUGUUCCCGGUGUUCGAGGCAACGGAACAGCAUCUCCGGCAGCCCAUCGCUGAUCUAGUCAGUCACAUCGCCGCCGGCAAAAAGAGAGUGGCUGUCAUCGUCGACGAGCUUUUGGGUUGGGUGGUACCUUCUGUCAUACAAAAGGCAGAGGUCUAUCGUUUCCGUUGCGUUUCAGCCUUCUGCACUUAUUCGUACUACUGGGAAGCUGCCGGAAAACCUGUGGUCGGAAAAGAUGCUGAUCAGCUGCUGAGUUUUCUGCCGUCCGAUGAAGGCUGUUUCCCGCCUGAGUAUAUAAAAGCAGUCAAAUUACAGAGACGAUAUUGGAAGGAAAUCUCAGGGGAUAUUGUGAAUUCCAAUCGAGAAAUAGAAGCCCCGUUUCUUGAUCUUCUCGGCGGUGUAUCAAAGGUACACCAAUGGGCGGUCGGUCCAUUCAAUCCCAUUUCUUUCAGCAACACAAGAGACUCCAAGAAUCGCCACAAAUCCCUGCAAUGGCUGGAUAACCAGGAAAAAGACUCCGUUUUGUUGGUAUCCUUUGGAACGACAACCCCACUUUCCAAGGACCAAAUAACAGAGCUGGCCAUAGGUCUGGAACAGAGCAUGCAGAAAUUCAUUUGGGUCCUCAGAGAUAGAGACAGAGGAGACCUUUCCGAUGGCGUCGACGCCGUGAGAGCAGAUUUGCCCGAUGGGUACGAGGAAAGAACGCGGGAAAGAGGUCUUGUGGUCCGGGACUGGGCCCCACAAUUGGAAAUUCUCGGCCACGCGUCGACGGGAGGGUUCUUGAGCCAUUGCGGGUGGAAUUCGUGCGUGGAGAGUAUUUCCAUGGGAGUGCCGGUGGCGGCCUGGCCGAUGCACUCCGACCAGCCGAGGAAUGCCACACUGAUAACGCGUGGUCUGAUGAAGGUGGGGAUCAGCUUGAUGGACUGGGAACGGCGGGAUGAAUUAGUGAGCAGGGAAGAAGUUGCAGAAGGAGUAAAGAAGCUAAUGGCGUCAAAAGCGGGAGAGGAGGUGAGGCAGAACGCUGUCAAGCUGAGUGAGAGUAUAAAAACGUCAAUCAGUUCCGGUGCCGUCCGGACGGAAUUUGAGUCCUUCAUAACUCACAUUACGAGAGAUUCAGGUGGCCCGCUGGUCGAGCCUAAUCCAACCGCUAUACGUUCGGCCAUUUAAAUAUGGAAAUUACACU